AGCUUUACUAAUUCCCCAACAUGUCGCAAGAUCAGUCACCUCCUAACCAACGCAGCCAUCUUUCUGCUCAGGCUCGCGCCCGUCACAGGCAGCUCGUUCGCCUCUCCAUGUUCUCAUCCAUAUCUGAAUUAGGAACGUCCGUACCUCACUCAAGCGCUGUAGCGCCCGAUGUAGCGCAAACUCCAAUAGAUCGGCACAGCCUUCGCACGAGGACAUACUACGGCACACAAGAAUUGCGACCAAAUGAGCCAGUAGUUCCCCAGCCUACUGCUGAAGAUAUGUCACGCCGAUCACAGAAAUCUGGAGUUCGGCUUGGCACAUACGACACACUUGUGCGAGAUGGAUCAAAAAGACGUCAACCUAGGAUCGGGGACAUGGAAGACAUCACUUUCGGUCUCAACUCCGUGCUAUCAUCACGGAACAGCGGCGAGAGUGAAGCUCAUAGGCAACAUAAGCCUCUUCAAGGUAUCGAUAAAUUCGGCCAGGUAUUUGCUUACUCACGCAGUGAUGAACAAGCCAUGGAUACCAAGGAGACGCAGAACGGGAGCACUGACGAGUCGACAUCUCCGUACGCAUCACGCGCAAGGCUGAAGACAUUGCAUAACGAAGAACGAGGUUUAGAGGUGAACCGAGACAUUCCGACGAACUUCAAUGGCAGGGUACCAAAUUGAGGGCAGCUGAAGGUGUAUAGGUCUUUUCGAUUCAACACAAAAUGUCAAUACCCAGCUGUGACGAGUAUUGGCUAUCAGACUGAAUAUUUGACUGGCGUGGAUGAUUUGAAG